GAGAAACAAAGUCUCUAUGGCUGCUGAUCCGUCGUGACAAUCAACCUUGAACAGGCACUUGGCCCCUGACGCCGCUUUCACUUCCCACCGCCAGCGUAGUUUAACACAACGAUGGCGACACCUAACGUGCUGGUCGUUUGUGACGUAGUUUAAAUACCUGAUAUGAGUCUUUAAAACAUUUCAUAAACGUCGUUUUUUAUUGCACAAAUAAACAACAAAUAUGACCUCGAAAAAAAUCCACUGCCAGUGGGAGGGUCUCAGUGUCUCCUUUUGAUUCAAUUCCGUUUUUACUGUUAGUUUCCGGUCGGACAAAUAAUAAUGUAACACCGUAUGUGUCACAAACAUCCGCUGUAGCUUUGGGAUUAUGAACGCAUGACUAGCUAGCUCAUUAUUACUGAGCCAGUGGAUUUACACGAACGGAUGGCUCUGGUUGAAUGGCUUAUUUAGGCCAUCGGCUGAGACCGUCACGCAUCUUUCUCCCCGGUGUUUCCGCGGUCAGACUCCUCGGUUCGGUCGGGAUGGUCGACAUGGGUCUGGCGAUGAGUCGUUCUCCGCUGGAGCGACUCGACUUCGUCAACCUCGCCCUCAAAAAGCUCCCCCUGGACACGUCCGAGGACACACGGGUGCGGCAGGUGAAAGGAGCGUGUUUUUCACGUGUGACGCCGCAACCUCUGAUCAAGCCUCGGUUCGUGGUUGUGUCACAUGAAGCCCUGGCGCUGCUGGGGCUCAAUGGAGAGGAGGUCUCGACCGAUCCGCUCGGGCCAGAGUAUCUCAGCGGAUCCAAAGUUAUGCCUGGUUCCGAGCCUGCUGCUCAUUGCUACUGCGGGCACCAGUUCGGCCAGUUCGCCGGGCAGCUGGGCGACGGGGCGGCCUUCUACCUAGGGGAGGUGAAGGUGCCACAAGGCCAAGAUCCCGAACUGCUGAGGGACAACCCGAGCGGCCGUUGGGAGAUCCAAGUGAAAGGAGCUGGACUGACUCCUUAUUCCAGACAAGGUGAUGGCCGUAAGGUCCUGCGCUCCAGUAUAAGAGAGUUCUUGUGCAGUGAGGCGAUGUUCUUCCUUGGUGUUCCCACCACCAGAGCAGGUUCUGUUGUCACCUCUGACAGCAAGGUCAUACGGGAUGUGUACUACAGCGGGCACCCUCGCCACGAGAGGUGCUCUGUGGUCCUCCGUAUUGCUCCCACCUUUCUCAGGUUUGGAUCUUUUGAGAUCUUCAAGCAGGCUGAUGAGCACACGGGCCGUCAGGGUCCCAGCUAUGGAUGUGAUGAGAUCCGAGGUCAGAUGAUGGAUUAUGUAAUUGAAAUGUUUUACCCUGAGAUCCAGCAGAAUUACCCAGAUAAGGUGGAGAGGAACGUGGCUUUCUUCAGAGAGGUGAUGAUGCGUACAGCUCGACUCGUGGCUCAGUGGCAGUGUGUUGGUUUCUGCCAUGGAGUCCUGAACACAGACAACAUGAGCAUCCUGGGACUCACGCUGGACUAUGGUCCAUAUGGGUUUAUGGACAGAUUCGAUCCAGAUUUCAUUUGCAACGCCUCCGACAGCUCUGGCCGAUACUCUUACCAGGCCCAGCCAGCUGUCUGCAGAUGGAACCUGGUGAAGCUAGCAGAGGCUCUUGCUCCAGAGCUGCCACCAGACCGGGCUGAGGCUGUCAUGGACGAGUACUUGGAUCUGUACAACAGCUUCUACCUAGAGAACAUGAGGAAGAAGCUGGGCUUCUUGAAGAAAGAUGAGCCUGAGGACGAGAUCCUGAUCACUGAGCUGCUGCAGACCAUGCACAACACAGGUGCCGACUUCACCAACACCUUCCGCAGCUUGAGUAAGAUUUCCUGUCCUCAGGGAGAACUUGAGGGAGAAGAGGAGAUUGUUAAGGAAGCCACAGACCUGCUGUUGGAGCAGUGUGCCUCUUUAGAGGAGCUCAAGGCUGCCAACAGAGCCACAAUGGAUCCACGUGAGCUGGCAAUGCUGCUCUCCAUGGCUCAGAGCAACCCAGCACUCUUCCAGAUGAUCUCAGACAGUGCAAAAAUUGCGAGGCAGUUAGACAGACUCAGCAAACUGAAAGACCUGAUGGAGACCAGCCCGGAAGAACUGAAGACCAAACAGGCUGAGGAGUGGAGCUGCUGGAUCGCACGCUACAGGAAGCGUCUGGCUCGGGAGCUGGAAGGUCAGAGCGAUGUGCAGGCCGUGCAGAAGGAAAGGGUGAGGGUGAUGGACACCGCCAACCCUCGUGUGAUACUCAGGAACUACAUUGCCCAGAAUGCCAUUGAGGCUGCUGAGAAUGGAGACUUCUCCGAGGUCCAGCGGGUCCUCAAGGUUCUGGAGAAGCCUUUUUCCUCACAGCCAGGUCUGGAGCUCCCUGCAUGGACGGCCGGAGGCAAGGCCGCCGAGCAAGGUGUAAGGGACGAAGGGGAGGAACGACAGCAAGAGGCGGCAUCUACAUCUGCAUCCACAUCUACAGCCAGAAAUCCGGUUCCCUAUGACAGCAAGCCCCCAGCUUGGGCCAAUGAAAUCUGUGUCACAUGAUCUUCGUAAUAACUUCCUUGAUUGUUGGCUAUCCUGCCUAAAGUGAUGAGAGUUUAUUGGUCAUACCUUUUUAUGCCUCUUCCUCAUUGUACAACUCUCUAUUACUCUGGCAGGCUGUCAGGGAAGUUAGCAUGAGGCGCGACACCCCGUAGGUUGCUGAGGCGAAUCAAAGCAGACAGGGAGUGAGUUGAGUUUGGUUGCACAAACGCAAAGAGCAACAGAUAUGAUCUCGCUAUGUCUGGUGCAAGCUUUUUUACAGUGAGUCACCCAUAAUUUCAUGGUAGCAUUUUUUAAGGUGGAAUUUAUCUUGCACACUUCGAAAGAUGACAGAAAAAUUAAGACAUUUUGGAGAAUACUUGAAGGAGAAGCCCCUCAGCUCGUUCCCUGCCUGCUUGGUGUUUGCCCAGCCAUUAAUGACGACUCAAGACAACAAGUCCUGCAGUGACCUGUCUGAUUCUGACAAAAUGUGGGCUGUCACCUCAACAUAUACCAAAUUAUGUGUGUGUGUGAGUGUAUGAGUGUUUAACUGGUUGAGUGAGUGAGAGAGAGAACUGAGAUAUAUGUGAUCCUGGGUAUGUUGGGUAUUUAAAGUGAAACUUGAUCCAAUCAGCCACAGUAAUUAACAUGCACAAUAUAUUCUCCUAGAAUAGAAAACGUUGCCUUUUGCCACUGUCAUGGCACCACUUUGUAAACACACAGCCACAAACAUAAUUUACCAUUUUAAUUAAUAUGUUCAGUAACCAUCAAAACAAAACUAGAGCAGAGUGUACAGUCGAGCAAAGGAAAAGUGGAACCUGCAUGUUACGUUUGGCUGCUUUAAAUAGGGCCACGCAAACUUCUCAGGGGAAGUUUCAUUUGUGCCACAAAUGUGAUUCUAUCAGGCAGGGAAAUAAAACACUGCCAUUCAUGAAUUAGUUUGAACUGUGGCAGUUGAGCUCUGAUCCCAGCUUACUCCGUUGGAACCAGGAUCAAUCCGGUGGUUUGGCAAAUUAUUCAGAUUUGUUUCCACACAAAAAAAUAUGGCAGAAAUGAAGAUAAAAUUACUGUUUCAGAGUUUUAUUUUUUUGUAAUAAAUAUGUAAUGUAUGGUUCAGCUCUUCUUCUGUCAUAACCUUAAUACAUCCUAAUAAACUGAGCAGUCAGUA